AUGUCCUUGAAGCUGGAAAUUGAGACAUGGGUGGCAGCCUUGGCUUAUUAUGACAAUAAUGAGUUCGAUGACGCUAUUGAAGCGUUCGACAAGAUCGCCGACACGAGCAAGAUUCUCUUUAAUAUGGGCGUUAUCCAUGCUACAUUGGGCGAACAUGAGAGAGCUAUUGAAUGUUAUCAGCGUGCUACCCGACUUGACAAGUACCUCGCCGUCGCACACUUCCAGCAAGGCGUGUCCAAUUUCUUACUUGGCGAAUUCGAAGCGGCUCUCGUAAGCUUCAACGAUACGCUGUUGUACUUAAGGGGCAAUGUCAUGAUUGAUUAUGCUCAGCUUGGUCUCCUAUUUAAGCUGUAUUCUUGCGAGGUGCUCUUCAAUAGAGGCUUGUGCUAUAUUUACCUGCAACAAAAGGCAGUCGGAAUGAAGGAUUUAACUUUUGCGGCGCAGGAGAAGGUUGUCGAGGACCACAACGUUAUAGAUGAGGCGAUAAGCGAAGAGGCGGAAGGAUAUACCGUUUUUUCUAUUCCAGUUGGCGUGGUCUACCGGCCAAAUGAAGCCAAGGUUCGGAACCUGAAAGCCAAGGACUACCUGGGAAAAGCAAGACUCGUAGCUACGUCAGAUCGCUCGAAUGCCUUCACUGGGUUUACAGGGUCAGAAAUCAAGAAUGCUGUGCAGAAAGAGGUCAAAGAUGACCGACCAGCGGACAAUAUUUCGUUUGCCGCAACGAACUUGGUUAAGACGGAUAUUCAGUUGCGACAGCAGCAGUCAGAAUCUCCAACGAGCAGGAACGUGUUUCCGCCCACUCCUCCCCCUGAAAAUGACCGACCCAAUCGAGGAAGUAUGCGGAACGGUUCAAGACCGACGCCUGCAAAACUGACGAUUCAGACGCAAGACACGGGCCGGAAGUACGAGAAAGCUCCUUCUUCCGAAGAUGGCCGCACCGCUCGGUCAGCAUCAGCUUCAUCAGCCUCGCGGGUUUUUUUUAAGGGCAAUCUGCCACCGAUGCAACGACGUCCAACUAUACCUAUCGAAGAGGAGGAUAAACUCGACACGGUUGAUCUGUAUGACUUGUAUCAAGACGGUGGAGGUGGAUCAACUAUAUCCGGAGACAAACACCCUUCUACCCGCUCUAGACAGCUGCCUCGUUACAUGGACGAAGACGACGGAUCAGACUAUGACGAUGGCUCUUUUGACGGACCUGAGUUUGAAAUAGUGACGAAAAAUGGCAGACGCCAAGGCUCGAGAUCAGAUUCUCGCACUUCUUCCCGUCGACCAGGGAUUCGCAAGAUCCGGGUCAAGGUUCAUGCCGGCGACAUCAGAUACAUCAUGAUUGGUACAGCAAUUGAAUUUCCGGACUUCGUGGACAGAAUAAAAGACAAAUUCGGGUUGAGACGACGCUUCAAGAUCAAGACUCAGGAUGAGGAUACGUCUGAUGGUGAAAUGAUCACCAUCGGAGAUCAGGAUGACCUGGAAAUGGCAGUGCAGAGCGCAACCAACCUGGCUAAGAGACAGAGACAAGACGUUCCAAAGUUGGAGAUAUGGAUUUCCGAUGUUUAG